AUGUUUCAAAGGUUCAGUCAUCGAAGACUUUCAUUGGUUACUUACGAUAUUGUCUGCCGAAGACUUUCAUUGGUUACUUACGAUAUUGUCUGCCGAAGACUUUCAUUGGUUACUUACGAUAUUGUCUGCAAAAUGAAAACAGUCACGGUCUUCCUCUGUCUUAUGGGUGAGUUGGUGAUUUGUUGAGUUGGUGAAUUGGUGAUUUGUUGAGUUGGUGAAUUGGUGAUUUGUUGAGUUGGUGAAUUGGUAAUUUGUUGAGUUGGUGAAUUGGUAAUUUGUUGAGUUGGUGAAUUGGUAAUUUGUUGAGUUGGUGAAUUGGUAAUUUGUUGAGUUGGUGAUUUGUUGAGUUGGUGAUUUGUUGAGUUGGUGAAUUGGUAAUUUGUUGAGUUGGUGAAUUGGUAAUUUGUUGAGUUGGUGAAUUGGUGAUUUGUUGAGUUGGUGAAUUGGUAAUUUGUUGAGUUGGUGAAUUGGUAAUUUGUUGAGUUGGUGAAUUGGUAAUUUGUUGAGUUGGUGAAUUGGUGAUUUGUUGAGUUGGUGAAUUGGUAAUUUGUUGAGUUGUUGAAUUGGUGAAUUGUUGAGUUGGUGAUUUGUUGAGUUGGUGAUUUGUUGAGUUGGUGAAUUGGUGAUUUGUUGAGUUGGUGAAUUGGUGAUUUGGUGAAUUUGUGAGUUGGUGAUUUGUUGAGUUGGUGAAUUGGUGAUUUGUUGAGUUGGUAAAUUGGUGAUUUAUUGAGUUGGUGAUUUGUUGAGUUGUUGAAUUGGUGAUUUUGUGAGUUUUUGGUGUUCGGAGCGCACAGCUAAUGUAGGGGGAAACAUCCAAAUGUCAGUUUGUAAUUCUUUAAAAAAAAAAAAUUAAGAUGAGAUUCAUUGACACAUAACACCACCGGCAAACAAGAUGGCAGUUAAUUUAAAGACAUGAAUCAAAAAAAGUAUCCGUCACAGUUAAAAAUGAUUCGCUUUAAAUUAUAAAAAGUUUUUUUUUGUUUUAAUGAAUUAAAAAUAAUAACAUGUUUGUCGUCUGUCCCACAGCCGUUGUAUUGGCCGAGGAUGGUCUGGACAAGAGGAUUGUCAACGGCGAGAAAGCCGAGUUGUAUGCCCACCCACACCAGGCUUCACUUCAACUGUACCAGGACCCGCACGGGUGGUAUCACAUUUGUGGCGCUGUCCUCAUCGGAACAAACAAGGUCGGUGAAUUUCUGACACAAAUCUACCGCGGAUGGGUUAUUGGGGGCAAUUCUUAUUCACGCAAUUAGACGCCUUGGUUAGUGGUUAGGAGGUUGAUCCGACAAAGGCCAUCGCAGCGCCAGAGCGAGAUCUUCCAAAGCCAAACAGGAUUUAAAGUAAGCGGCUACGGUUGGUCCAUAAUGAGCUCGUGUGAAGAUCAAAGACCACGCACACCGUAUAGACUCACCAUACGUGUUCUUCUUUCCACAGUAGACUCACCAUAAGUGUUCUUCUGUCAAUCUUAGACUCACCAUAAGUGUUCUUCUGUCAAUAUUAGACUCACCAUAAGUGUUCUUCUGUCAAUAUUAGACUCACCAUAAGUGUUCUUCUGUCAAUAUUAGACUCACCAUAAGUGUUCUUCUGUCAAUAUUAGACUCACCAUAAGUGUUCUUCUGUCAAUAUUAGACUCACCAUAAGUGUUCUUCUUUCAUAGACUCACAAUACAUGUGCUUCUGUCCCUAUUAGACUCUCAAUAAGUGUUCUUCUUUCAAAACUAGAAUCUAAAUAAGAGUGCUUAUGUACUAAUAUGACUCAUUAGAACUGUGUCCAGUCUUGACUCCAACAAAAACCCGACUCUAAUAAGAGGGCGCAUGCCGAGACAAACUAAGAAAAUGGGUUCGUUUAGUGCGAUACACAACCCUGAUAAUUUUUUCAGACUUUGGACUUCGUUACUGCAGCCCUGGUUGGCACGAUACACACCUGGUUGACACGUGCAACUGUGGUUGACAUGGUGUAGCCUGGUUGACACGAUAAAAAAAUCUGAUUGACACGUGGCGACCCUGGUUGACACCUUUCUUGAAACGCUAAAAACCUGAUUGAUGAGGGACAACCCUGUCGACAUGGGAAAGCACUGGUUCAAUAGAAGAACGAUUCACUGAAACCUGGUUGACAUCGGACAGCGCUGUCGACAGUUGACACGGGACAGCAAUGGUUUAACUGAUGAGCGACCAUUGAAUACUGGUUGACACAGGACAGCCCUUUUGACAUGGGACAGCAAUGGUUCAACAGAUCAGCGAUCAUUGAAUACUGGUUGACACAGGACAGCCCUUUUGACAUGGUACAGGAAUGGAUCAACAGAUGAGCGACCAUUGAAUACUGGAUGACACAGGACGGCCCUUUUGACAUGGGAUAGCAAUGGUUCAACAGAUGAGCGAUUCAUUGACAUCAUACAGUGACCUGUGAGAUAGAUUUAUCAAACAAAAUGUAAGACCCUUCUGAAACAGUGAUGCUGAAGACGCUUGCAUAUAUAUAUUUUCAGCUGGUCACUGCUGCCCACUGCGUCCAGGGACAAGACCCCCGCAACCUGCGUGUGGAGGUGGGUGUUCUGAAUCUGUUCGAUCCUCCCAACGCCUACGAGCAGACGAUUUCAGUUGCCUCUAUCCUCAUCCACCCCUCCUAUAACGAAAAUGGCAAUGCCUAUCCCAAUGACAUCGCAAUUUUGUACCUUAGUGGGCCGGUCACCUACAACAAAAACGUACAGGUAAGCUUAGAGAGUUUAAUCUAGAACUCUAGACCAGGUUUCCCAAAUUUGGGAUGCUGCUCUCCAGUCCUCACCCCCAAUUGGGGCGCGAGAUGGCAUUUCAAGGGGUGCGAGUCAAAGUAAUUAUAUUUAUAAUAACAGAGGAGUAAUGAGUUUUGAUUUAUGAUUUUAAUAUUUAAAUAAGUAUAUACUUUAAAAAAAAUUUCAUCAAUCUAUAAAUAUAAUUCGCCAGAAGAAGAAGGGCAAACAACAAGACGACCACGCAGGUUAUAUAUAGAUACGCCAUAGCAAGCAAGACGACGCACGAAAUCCCUCCCCUCCCUUCCCUUGCCUGCCCAUCGUUGGUCUCGAGACAUGCGCUUUGCAGUGGAGCAACCGCCCCCCCUCCUCCUGCACCACCCUCACUUGCCAGCCAAGCUCGCGGAGUAUGUUAAGCCGCGGGUCGGCGUGAAAUAAAAAGUGUGCCGUGACGUAUCAUGAAAAAAAAAAGGGGGGGGGAAGGGGUGUAGCAAAAUUGGCAUUCUUAAAUGUGCGUAACUUGAGUUCAAGUUUUUGUCAAGUAACUUUAGUAUCCACCCUCACUUGCCAGCCAAGCUCGGGGAGUAUGUUAAGCCGCGGGUCGGCGUGAAAUAAAAAGUGUGCCGUGACGUAUCAUGAAAAAAAAAAGGGGGGGGGGAAGGGGUGUAGCAAAAUUGGCAUUCUUAAAUGUGCGUAACUUGAGUUCAAGUUUUUGUCAAGUAACUUUAGUAGAUGGGAAGUUCACGCAUUGCUACCGCCAAUGUUUGGCGGGUAAUAACGUGUAAUAAAUUUAACUUGUGAAGGAAAAUGUAGACGCAAUGCAUAUUGAUAAACACUUUCUUUGAUGCAUUUGCAAAACUUAGAACACAUCAAUAGUUCUAAAUUAGUUAAGAAAAAGACAUUAAAUUCCCUCCAACAUGUUUUCCGCAAUGGUAGCCUGCCGCAUUAGCUCCCAAGGGAUCAAGUUUCGCCAAUGAACAGUGCAUCAUCACCGGAUGGGGGCGAACCAUUGGGGGUGGAGCCCCUGCUUCCCACCUCAAGCAAGCCUACAUUACCAAGAUCACCAGAAGCCAGUGCAACCUUCGAUGGGCGCUGUAUGGUCAGUUGAUCACGGACAAACACAUCUGCGUGUAUGAGGCUAGCGGUGAGUCAACGCAUAGCCAUGUUUUAUGUUUGUAUGAGGCUCGAUGUAAGUCAGCAUAUAGCCAUGUUUUAUGUUUGUAAGAGUCUGGAUGUAAGUCAGCACACAGCAAUGUUUUAUGUUUGUAAGAGUCUGGAUGUAAGUCAGCACACAGCCAUGUUUUAUGUUUGUAAGAGUCUGGCAGUAACUAACAAUAGCCAUGUUUUAUGUUUGUAAGAGUCUGGCAGUAGCUAACAAUAGACUUGUUUUAUGUUUGUAAGAGUCUGGCAGUAGCUAACAAUAGCCAUGUUUUAUGUUUGUAAGAGUCUGGCAGUAACUAACAAUAGACUUGUUUUAUGUUUGUAAGAGUCUGGCAGUAGCUAACAAUAGCCAUGUUUUAUGUUUGUAAGAGUCUGGCAGUAACUAACAAUAGCCAUGUUUUAUGUUUGUAAGAGUCUGGCAGUAGCUAACAAUAGCCAUGUUUUAUGCGCUACCCUCUAAUAAAAAUUAAAAAAAUAAGAAUUUUGAUUGUGCAGCAGAAAAUGACAACUUUGAACUUAAAACAACAAAUUGUAAUAUUGUUGGUAUUACAGCAUAACAUAUUUAGAUACUCUCAUUUAAUAAUACAAUUACAGAACAAUUAAUAAUACAAUAAGACAAUUUAAAGGAGAUUUAAUAAGUAACGUAAAGAACAGUUGGGAUAUUUCAUAAUCAACUUAAAGAACGAAUAAGAUUAACGCAUCAUUUCAACUGACAGAUCCAGCAGGAACUCGCCCAAGCGCUUGCCAGGGCGACAGUGGCGGCCCCUUGAUGUGUGGCGCCGAGUUUGGACUUCUGGCCGGUGUUACUUCCUGGGGUCUUGCCUCUUGCACCGGUGAGUACCCUCACGUU